UUUACAUGAUGAAAUACAAAUAAAAAUAGAUUCCUACAAGCAAGCAAAUUAAUGCUUAAAAUAGUUUAUGCAAACUAUUUUCUAAUUAGUUCGUGCACAUGCAAUUCUUUGUAGACAAUAUCACUUAUUGAAGUUUUAAGUGAUUUCAACCUUUGUUUCUUUCCCCUAAUUUCUCUUGCUCUCCGUUUUUGUCUCUAAGCUCUCAUUGCCUCUUCCAAAAAUAUGGAUCUCUUCAAUUGUCUCUUUUAUUUCUGUUUCUUUCUCAAUAAUUUUCUUUCCCAUUUUUCCGUUGGCUUUCUCCAUCAACCGCGACAACAUGGUAUGUUCUCCAUGUCUUUAUUAUCCUCAACAAUGCUAAAAAGAAAUUAUUCAACACAAACCAUGCAAGUUUCGUUCCGUAUUUGUCGGAAUUCACAUGAAUUUUACCAAAUAAAAAAUUAAAUUGUAUUCUAAGACAAUGAUAUAGAGCAAUUGCAAAUUACAUGAAAUUUGAAUUCCCUUUAGUAGAGAAUCGUUCUUUUGUAUGUUAGAACAAAUAUUUGAUGAAAUGCUUUAUGAACAGAUAUUUGAUGAAAUGCUUUAUGAAGGGGAAGAAAUGGUGUUUUUGUUUGUUUAUAAUACAAUUGGAUGCAUCUAAUUUGAUAUUUUCUUGUUUUGGUAUUUCAUAUAAAUAUAAUUUUAGCGAGCAUAUUAAUUCAUUGGAUUAAUUGGUGCACAACUGUAGUUUCUUGUUUAGGGGUAUAAUAUUUGCAUGUUACUACAAUUUUUAAAGGUGUAAAUUUAACUUUUUUGAAGGUAUACCUAAAGAAUUUUGUACAUUACACUUUUUUGGCUUUAAUAAUAUAUGAAUGUUACCCGCUAGUAGUUUCAUGUCCACUACAUUAUUUAUGACUCAUGCUUAAUGUUAUGUUUCUUUUAUUUAUCUAUUUCAAAAAUGUGUUUAGGCUAACGCAGCAUCUGGAAUGGCUGUUAAUGAUGAAUGUAAAUUGAAGUUUCUUGAGUUAAAAGCAAAGAGAAACUAUCGUUUUAUUGUGUUUAAGAUUGAGAAUCAGGAAGUGGUACUAGAGAAACUUGGAGGUAAAGAAGAAACCUAUGAUGACUUUAGUGCAUGUCUACCUGCUGAUGAGUGUCGUUAUGCAGUCUUUGAUUUUGAUUUCACCACUGCUGAAAACUGCAUGAAAAGCAAGAUUUUCUUCAUUGCAUGGUCUCCGGAUAUAUCAAAGGUGAGACAUAAGAUGGUGUAUGCUAGCACCAAGGACAGAUUCAAGAGGGAACUUGAUGGCAUUCAAGUUGAGUUGCAAGCAACAGAUCCUAGUGAAAUGAGCUUUGAUAUCAUAAAAUCACGUGCACUAUAAAAAGUGUCAUCUAAUUAUUCAUAUUUUAUUCUUUACCCGUAUAGCUAGCUUAUGGAGCAUAAUUUAUUUUUUGUGAUUUUUUGUUCUCUGUCUUAAUGGUCUAUGGUUUAGUACUAUACUAGAAGGAAGAAGAAAACACUACAAUGCAUUUCAGAUUACAUUAGAUAGUGUUACUUAUUGUAUACAUUACAUUAUUUGAAUUCUAUAAGUGCAGCUGUACUUAGCUGCAAAUCUAUUUCAUUCUCACACUUGUUCUGUUUUUUAA